CAAUAGAUUCAAGUACAGGUUGUACCGGAUACAAGGUACAGCAGCACAUCUUGAAAACUCAACUCCAUAACUAUCGUCAUACAACCACGAGUACUCGUACCCGACCAAAGGCUAUUGCAGAGUGAUUCCUUUCUGAACCCUGGCCUAUUGCGAGAACACGGUUCGAUUAGAGGACAACAAAAGAUAGUCGUGGCAACAGUAUCUGGCGUAGGCCAAUCAUUCCCAAAACACAGCAGUAGCAUUUUCCCAAAGUUGUGUGCAAUAGUCAGUCCAUCGCGAUGUCGGCUGCUGCAAAACCAAGCGAUAUCAUCGUGAAGUUUUUGCAGGAAAUUGUUGAAUCUUGGAAGAGCAAACGCUAUCAAAAGGUGUCUCAACAAUGCGUGGCCCUGUUGAAACGAAAAAAGACGAUCGAGAACCUGGGUAUGACCGUCCCGCUCCAGCGGAUUCUGUUGCAGGCAUACAUGCAGGAAGAUAAAUACGAAAAGGUUCUGGAAUGGGACAAGGCAUCGGCCUCCGCGACGAAAGGAUGUGAGGAUUUGAUUCUGUACGCGAGGUACCGAACCGAAGACUAUGCUAAUGCGUCAAAACAAGCUGCGACAGCUGCUGCUGGAACAAACGAUGGCCAGGAUCACAGCUGCGCUGUUGCGUUCAAAAACCUGCAAGCUCAAUCCGACUUCCAUUUGAAUCGAACGGAGGAGGGGCUUGCUGGCUAUUUGGAUUUGCUUUCUAACGAAAUCAAUGAGAACGAUCCGGAAUCCAAAAUGGAGAUUUUGACGAAUGCCCUGGCGCUGAUUGCUUCCUCUGCGUGCACUCCCGGAGUGGCCAUCCACAUGGACGAAAACAACGAAACCACGAAAUUCUUGUUGGAGGAGGCAGAAGCCGCGCUGUCGAAUGACGACGACGCCGUGGACGAGGAAAUGCUUGCAGAUCUGGCGUCCAAUCUGGGUUGCAUUCGAUUUCUCACGGAUCCAACCACCACAGAAAACAACUGGCUGGAACAAGCAUCGGCAGCAAUCGAAGCGGGGGAUGGUUCUUCGGAGCAAACCAAUCUGCAAUGGAGCAAACACUUUUGGUACCGUGACAUCGAAGACAUUACUUAUGAAAAUGUACCUUCGUCUAAAGCAAGCAACCAAGUGUCUGUGGUGCAAUCCAUUGCAAAGAUCAACCAAUCUUUGUUGGACGAGAAUCUUUCGCGAUUGCCGCCCCAACCGCAUCCGAAAUGGAACUUGUUGCAGGUGCGGAUGUAUUGGUACGAUCGAGCCAUCUUGCAACUCAAAGCAGGAAAGUAUGUGGAAUGCCACGACUCUUGCCAGUCUCUUAAGAAAACUUUGUCGAACAAGGGUGCGUCCGACAAGAAGAAAAAGAACAAGACCGGCUCGGGGGGAGCAGAGGCAACAGGCGGUGCACAGAACGCAUCUUCCCCCGCAGCCUUGUGGUGGGAAACACGCGCAGAUGUCGUGCUGGCCUACGCGCAACAAAACCAGUCCAAACGCAAAGAUGCCUCCGUGAGACUGAGCAAUUGCAUUCAUAACUUGCAAGCAGCAGCAUCCUCGUCGUCUUCGUCGUCCAUGGUUCUAGAUCAUGCGAUGGCGCAUGCAUUAUUGCAUCAAUUCGUGAUGGAGCAGAAAGGUAACAAGAAAGAUAGACAGAGGCAAAAGCGUGAAUUGUUGAGUUUGCUGAAGUCGUUACCAGAUUCAAUCCAAUCCCGUCCUGCAGUACAGCUCACGAUGGAUGACUUGGAAACUGUCGUCAACAAUGAUUCUGAAUCCAACAAUAACAAAGCAAAUUCUACGCCCAAAAGCCCUCUGGAAGAAGCCGAUAUUCUAUUCGGUCAAGGGCAAUAUGAGGAAGCUUGCAAACUAUACGAAGGUGCUCUGUCGAAUGGAAGCGAUGAUUCUAUCUUGGAUUCGCAACUGCGAUACGUCCAAGCUUUGGCUAUGAGUGGUCAACACGAAGCUUCGCAAGAAUUGUGGCAAUCUCUGGAAUCUUCGGUGCUCGGAGAAAGUACACCAGUGACCGCAUCCCUUCCCUCCGGCGAUGUGCUCGAAACUAAAACGUUACCGCGUGGGACUUCUAGUAACAGAUCUUCGAUCAGCAAGAAGCUAGCAGCUGCCAGUAAUCCUUUGGAAGAGGAAGAAACCGACAAGCCAUCGCGAGAGAAGAUUCUCCGGCGUCGCGCGCGCAAAAGAGAGGUGUACCUCAAACAACUGGAGAGCAAGGGAAAAUACAACCCCGACCGUCCUACCAAACCCGAUCCUGAACGAUGGAUUCCCAAGAACGAACGCAGCCGCUCUGGGAGAAAUCGGGGAGGAAAAAGCAACAAGGGCCUCAAUUCCGCACAAGGGGGAGGAUCUCGGUUGGACGCCCAGCGUUUGGAUGCGGCAGCUCGCAGAGCAGGCAAAGUUCCGGUCUCAGCUGGGCCAUCCUCUGCCAAUUUGAAGGUUUCUAGUGGAGGACGCAAGGGUGGACGAAGGCGUUGAACUGAGAGAGGUGAUAAAUGAAUCAAUUAGUGCAAAACGAUGGAACAAAGGAAUGGAGCUAAAUUGCACAUUUUAUUUCUCUUCAAAAAUGUAAACCAUCUGCAACUGUCGUGAUUUCCGGCAUACGCAGGGUCGACCUUAUUCUUCACGAUAUUGCCUAGUGGCCUUUUUCAAUCCCUUCUGCUGGAGUAGUAACGUGUGUCCAUUCUUUUCGAAACAGAAACGAAUAGAGCUAUGAUACGACGGAUGCAAAAAUCCACGCUGACACGUAGAUAAAAAUAAUAGCGGUACAAAAAGGUUCAGGUCCAUUCCGUCUCCCAAAAUAGUAUUGAAAUAUUUGAGUAACUGUACAGAACUUAUUUUAUGAUUCAGAUACAGCAUUGCAUCGAUGAAAUAGCAAUAGAGUAGGUCGACGAUGAUCGGAAGUAUGAUUUAUUUUGGUAAGCCGCUCGGAAUCAUUUUACAUGAGCGCCAGCCCGCACCAGAUUCCUCCGAUUGCCAUAGCGAGAAGAGAUGUGAAGAAACUCAGUUUUUGGGGAAGAUCGGGCCUGUUGAAAAUUUCUCCUGCCCUCCGCGUUCCUUCUCCAAUGAAGGAGGUUGCCACAGCCAUCACUGCGACGGUUCCAGCCGCAUAGGCCGACAAGAAGGCAAGGUUGCCGCUCCAAGAGGCAACUGCUAAUGCCGGUGCAAGGGAAGGAGCUCCAUCCCAAGAGAAUCCGUGCAAUAAACCGUUGAAAACAACCGCUCUAUUUCUAUUUUGAUUCUUAGCUUCGGAGGGAGAAACGGCCGAUGACAAGCUGUGAGCGGGCUGGCUCUCCAUCUCUUCUCCCCAUUCUUUCGCCUCACGAAGACCCAUUGCGCCGAUGACAAUCAGGGAUAAGCCCACCGCAAAUUCCAUAAGAUGAGAGACUUCGUUCAAUACUGCUCUGGCUCCCGGCGCCUUUGCGAAUUGUGAUUUCAAUGCAAAGCCCAAAACACCUAACAUUGUUACAGAUAUUCCGUGCCCCAUUCCCCAAAGGAUACCGAUUCGCCCAGCUUUGUACCACCUUUGACCAAUACAUCGGGGCAGCAAUGCUGCCAAAUGAUCAGGCCCUAUCAAUUCAUUAAGUUGUUUUUCAAGACGGGGAAAAAGAGCAAGGAAGGUGAGAUGAAGAGAGUUGUGUCAACAAACAUUUAUCUUCACUUUUUUCCAUUUUGUCAGUCGUGAACUUCCAAAAAACUACCUUUCGCGUGAUACGCGGUAAGUGUUAGUGCGUGUCAACGGAGGUUCUACGUGGAGGUCUGUACAUCGUCUGAUCCGAAGUUUUACAGAAAAACUUACCCGCAAUGGCGUGAAGUGCACCACCGAGAACACCUCCCGUCAAGACACCUGCGAUGGCGCCAGGUGCAACAGAAAGCCUUGUGUUUGAGUUUGAUGUUUGUUUGUUUKGGAGAGUAGAAAAUGCGUUUCGUCUUUGUUCUGUCGUCGUUAACAGAUCGAUAUUACUGUAACCAUUAUUAGACCUCGUUGAUGGCUUCGCUUGUCGGAAGAGACCACUGUCGCUGGCGGAGAAAGCAUUUGCCUCCUGAGUCAGCAGAAUUGCAUAGAAGAACAGGAAAGUUACUGUGCUUUUCAUUUUAGAUGGGGCUAUCAGAUAAUUUUUUGUUUCGUUUGUUCUAUUUAUUGUCUUCCGUCGUGUAACGAUUCCGGAUAGUUUAUGAUGGACGAGGCUGAAUUUGGUUGUGUUUCGGAUGAUCUUCCUCUGUUCCUCUCACAAGCUUUCGAAAGUUGAAGCGGAUGCAACCCCGCAAAAUAGGGAGGCAGAAAUCGUCACUCUGACGAUCGAAUUUUGAUUGGGUGGUAGGUGCGUCGUGCGUGUUUACGUAGUGUUCCAGUAGGGAAAACGUGUUUGCUUAUUGCGUACGAGUCGGUACGUAACCUACCGGUAUUACGUACUUUAUCAAAUAGCAGCGCACAGGUGUUCAGGGGGGGAGCGAAUUUGGUUUUGGGCACACUAUUUAGAGUUAGGGAUAAAACUAAAAUUGGGCAGGAAUCUAGCAAUCUGAUUGGCUAAUUAAUUAGAAAGAUCAAAAUUAUAAGACUGUCCAGUCUACCCCUAACUCACAAGUUACACUAUUCUGUGCUCUCAGCAAACAGAGGAAGGAGCUCAUAYCAAUUACUAAUUACAAAAUUAAUUUAAAUCAAGCAAAGAUUGAUUCCUAGUGUCUGUGCAGUUUUCGAUAAUUUUGAUUUGUCUAAGAAUCAGCCAAGAAGAAUCAGAUUCUUGCUUGUUGAUUCCUACUGAACUUUAGUAUUAUCCCUAACUCUAAAUUAACACUCAAAACCAAAUUAGCCCCCUCAUCACGCAACUUGAACACCUGCAUGCAGAACAAGAUGUAGUACGGGCUAGUACUACUAUUCCUAGUAUUUGUUCUAAGAAAUUGUGAUAUGCUGUGAUAUCUACCAAGAGGUAUUGAAAUGAUGAGGACAACACAAGUAACAAGAAGCACUACCUAGUGCUACUACUACUUGUUCUUGGUAUCACUAGUAGAAGCACUAGCACAACAACAAGAAGAAUCAGGAUCAUAUCAACCAAAGCAUCACAGCAUUUUGCAUAUUGUAGCCAGUUGUACUACUAACAUGGUGAAAUAGACUUCUAAUAUUGUUGUGUUCUUUUUUGGUAGACUCACAUGAGAAAAUGGUUUGGUGUUGGCUUAGAUUUCAUCAAGCUGGUUAGCACUCUCGUCACGUGAAAUCUCUUAAAACAAAUUUUACUAUUCUAAUUUUGACAUCGAGUUGGUGGAAUAAAAGGGUUGCGCAACUCCUGAACCCAUCACUCAAAAAACGAGUCCAAGCGCGAUACAUAACAUUCAAGUGCUUUCAUGACAUUGCAUUCUCUUGAGCUGAUCAUUUUACCCAUUGGAUGAGCGGUUUAUGGCUGCUUCAUCUCUUUCGCAAGUCUUGAUUUUUAACUACAUUCGAAUAGCAAUGUAAACAGUUUUAGGAAGAAUCAUCUUUUGCCUCUUGUUCUAGUAACAUGUCGUCCAAAUCCAAACUACCCGCAUGGGAGGCACGCCUGAAUUUGUACGUGGACAAUUCGAAGAAACGUAUUAGUAGUGUAUUGUCUUCUGGCUUCGACGCGCUAACAUUCCAAAGAAAUGUAUCGAUCUUGAAUCCUCUCGAUUUUAACUUAUUGUUGGCAUAUUUUACCCAUCCGUCGUUUAGGAGAUCAGAGUAUUGUUUGAUUGAAGAAGCAUCAUUGCUCUGCGAAAAGCCGCAACAAGAUGAUGAAGCAGGCAAAUCAGCACACGCUUUCGUGAAUGACUUUCGAAGUGUUAAAUCUUCCCAUACCUGAAGGGCAUCUUCGAACUUUGAUUUUGUUUCGCCACCGUCAUCUUUGUACAAUGGUUCCAUGUCUUCCUUCGGUUGAAGAAAUGGAUAGGAUUUGACUGCUAGGGCACCAACUACCAUUUUUGCUCGCUGCCAUUUCAUAUCAGAACUUCCUUUCGUCACAAAGAAUGUAUUUCCUUUCAGAAUUGAAAGUUCUUCAGAUGCUGAUGAUCGUCUCUUCGAAACUCCAUUUUUAGCGCCAGAGGGAGCUCGUGCCGAUGAAGAUGCUUGUUUUGACGUCCCCAUCGAUAAUAUUUUGAGUGGCGCUCCUGAGUUAUUGUCCAGAGCCGUUACGAUACGCAAUCCUUCAAAUUUGUAUUGGCUUUUUGAAAAAUUAACUCUCUGUGAGGCG